GAUAGAGGAGCCGAAACGCGAAGUGGGUAGGAGCAGCAGGACAGCAGGAGGCCGUGGCUGCAGAAUGACUGACGUGGGAAAGUGUCGGGACUGAGUGAGAAAGUUUCGGGGCAGAACUUGAGGGCAGAACCGACCGCUUCCGUACGAGCCGCCGCCGGUUUCACUGAGCGCAGCGCAAUGAGUCUGGACAAGGCAGAGCUGUGCGAUUCUCUGUUAACCUGGUUGCAGACAUUCCACGUGCCGUCAUGCAGCAGCAAGUACGACCUGACAAGUGGAGUAGCCAUCGCACACGUACUGCACAGAAUUGACCCCUCUUGGUUUAAUGAGACAUGGCUAGGCAGGAUCAAGGAGGAGAGCGGGGCCAACUGGCGCCUCAAGGUCAGCAACUUGAAGAAGAUUCUAAAAAGCAUGCUGGAAUAUUAUCACGAUGUACUCGGUAACCAAGUAUCCGACGAGCAUUUGCCAGAUGUGAACCUUAUAGGCGAGAUGGGAGAUGUCACUGAACUGGGCAAGCUGGUGCAGCUCGUACUGGGCUGCGCCGUCAGCUGUGAGAAGAAACAAGAGCAAAUCCAGCAGAUAAUGACACUUGAGGAAUCUGUCCAGCACGUCGUGAUGACAGCCAUUCAGGAGCUUUUAUCAAAAGAGCCUUCAUCAGAAGCAGGAAGCCCAGAGACCUACGGAGACUUUGACUACCAGUCCAGGAAGUAUUAUUUUCUUAGUGAAGAGGCGGACGAGAAGGAGGACCUGAGCCAGCGCUGCAGAGACCUUGAACAUCAGCUGUCAGUAGUUGUGGAGGAGAAGUCGUCCCUCCAGGCGGAGGCCCGUUCCCUGAAGGAGAAGCUGAGUCGCAGCGACUCUCUGGACGCCUCCACCACUGCCAUCACUGGCAAGAAGCUGCUGCUGCUGCAGAGUCAGAUGGAGCAGCUUCAGGAGGAGAACUACAGACUAGAGAACAGCAGGGAUGACAUGCGUGUGCGUGGGGAAAUCCUGGAGCGUGAGGUGUCCGACCUGCAGCACCGAAACGAAGAGCUGACCAGCCUGGCACAGGAGGCCCAGGCCCUCAAAGACGAGAUGGACAUCCUCAGGCACUCGUCUGACCGGGUGAACCAGCUCGAAGCGCUGGUGGAGACGUACAAGAGGAAGCUGGAGGACCUGGGCGACCUGCGCAGACAGGUGCGCCUCCUAGAGGAGCGCAACACGGUGUACAUGCAGCGCACCUGCGAGCUGGAGGAGGAGCUCCGCAGGGCCAACGCUGCCCGCAGUCAGCUGGACACCUACAAGAGACAGGCUCAUGAGCUUCACACCAAGCACUCAGCGGAGGCCAUGAAAGCUGAGAAGUGGCAGUUUGAGUACAAGAACCUCAAUGACAAGUACGACGCGCUGCUGAAGGAGAAAGAACGCCUGAUCUCAGAAAGAGACACACUUCGGGAGACAAAUGAUGAGCUCAGGUGCGCACAAGUCCAGCAGAAGUGUCUCAGCGGAGCAGGAAGCUUGGUUGACACCGACGUCGCAGUGGGAAGUCUUGCUUCAGAGAUUAUGCCUGAGCUCAAGGAGACUGUGGUGCGUCUGCAAAGUGAAAACAAGAUGCUGUGUGUCCAGGAGGAGACUUACAGACAGAAAGUAGCGGAGGUUCAGGCUGAGUUGGAGGAGGCUCAGCGCAGCAAGAAUACCCUGGAAACUCAAAACAGGUUGAACGAGCAGCAGGUCUCAGAGCUGCGUUCUCAGGUUGAGGAGCUUCAGAAAGCACUCCAGGAGCAGGACAGCAAGAACGAGGAUUCCUCCUUGUUGAAGAAAAAGCUUGAGGAACAUUUAGAGAAGCUCCAUGAAGCCCACUCAGACCUCCAAAAGAAGAGAGAGGUCAUUGAUGACCUGGAGCCCAAAGUGGACGGCAACAUGGCCAAGAAGAUAGAUGAACUCCAGGAGAUUCUGCGGAAGAAGGAUGAGGACAUGAAGCAGAUGGAGGACCGAUACAAACGCUACAUGGAGAAGGCGAGAACGGUGAUCAAAACUCUGGAUCCUAAGCAGCAGCCGGUCACUGGGACUCCUGACAUUCAGGCGCUGAAGAACCAGCUGACAGAGAAGGAGAAAAAAAUCCAGCAUUUGGAGCACGACUAUGAGAAGAGCAAAGCCAGACACGACCAGGAGGAGAAGCUCAUCAUUACUGCCUGGUACAACAUGGGGAUGGCGCUGCAUCAGAAAGUGUCCGGCGACCGGCUGGCUCCGUCCAACCAGGCCAUGUCCUUCCUCGCCCAGCAGAGACAGUCCACCAACGCCAGGAGGGGACUGACACGACACCACCCGAGAUGAGACGAAGCACUCUACUUCACCUGAUGAACUCCCUGUAUCUCUGCCUUUUAUGCCUUUAAAACCUCAGUUGUUCUUCGUGCUGCUGCUGCCCCCUGCUGGCUCCUCACGGUACGAGCCCUCAGAGGAUGGAGGUACUACUGACAUGACAUGGAGGAGGAGGAACUGUAGAAAGAGGCCUUCUCACCUUUUAAGGUGAUCGUUCCUGCCUCUGUAGCCUCUUGGACUCACUCCUGUUUCUUCUUUUAUUUUCAUUUCUUUUAUACGUUUUAUGUCGGUUAAAAUGUGGUAGACGAGGGAGGAGUUAUUAGAAUUACUACUAGAAGUGCUCAAGAAGCUGUAAGCUACACAAACUAUCCCUUUAACAGGCGGCCACAUCUCGGAUUAGCUAGUUUGUGGUGAAUUUUCUCGUAGCAUUUACUUUUAUCUGAGUUUUUUGAGAUCAUGAAGGUGACUUUUCUUUUCGUCUUCUUUUGAACUUAAUCAAAGAAUUUCUCACAAAACACACCAAAGCACUUUCUCAGUAGAAGGAUGGGUUAGUUUGGUGCCUCAGAAGACUAAAAAUACUCCUUUUAUGGAUGAGACUGAACAUUUACAUACUUGCAGUGUCAACCUUCUCUCUUUUUUGUAGCACAAACAGAUUUUUCUUCAUGAUUACGAUGCUCAGAUGUCUGACGAUCGAAGGCUUCUGUUCCCGUUUGUCGUCUAUAAAUGUGAUUAUUAGCUACAUGAAGCCUUUUUUCAUUCCCAUCCUUCUUCCCAAAGAUUUGAAACAGGGUGUCUGGUUGUGGGUUGGACCUGACUGCACUCUCCACUUUAGACCGAGGCGGGGUUAUAAUCCUCCUCCUUUAUCAGCGGGGAAACAGAAUGAGCCCCUGAUAAUGAUAACACUAAAUAUAAUGACUCAGCUAAUGGCUGUUUGCUGCUGCUAGGCCUCAUUUACAGUUUAGCUGAACUGGAAGGAGAGGUUUCAUCAAUACGCUGGAAUUGUUUUGUCGCCUGCUAACUGGAAGCAGAUGAAAAGCCUGGAACAGAUUAAUCAAACACUACGACUGCCUUUUUUUCACUGUUUUUUCUUUCUGAUAGUCCUUUUAGUGCGUCCCACAUCAGAGCUGCUGUUUCGUGACUUCCCUGGAAGCGUUUGCUAUGAUCUACACAGACCAGAAUCUUGCCGUUUGUGUUCGCACACGUUUCUACUCAUGAUUUGACUUGAUUUUUAUGGUGUGAAGCGAUUUGCAUGGCGUGAAGGGUUUAACUUUUUACUGUUUGUUUGCAUCAUUGUGCUCUCGGUAGAUUACAGCACGCAGGGAUCCGAAGCGAGUGAAAGAUUUGUAGUUCUCUCUGUUCAACUUUUGCACUACAAAUAAAUGGGAUCUUAAGAUAAA